AGAGACGACUUGCUGCGGGGCUCCAGCACGGCACUCCAUUUUCCAGGUGAUUCUGGGAACGCGAAGAACUGUCUCCCGACGCUGCAUUAGGACCCAGGGAGAACUGCUCUAUUCAGAGCCCAGUACGCCUGCGCUCUCCUGAAGUGUCCGGAGACCGGGGCUGCCUGGACUGAGCAGCGGCGAAUAACGGCAAGAAAAGCGGCGGCGGCGAGUUCUCUGGCACCCAGCCUUGAGCACCACCUGAGAGAUCCCUCGGGCAGGCGGCGCGUAGGAAGGGGGGAGCAGAGAGGGACGAGCUGAUCUUCAUUAAUUACUCCACCGCCCAAGCGAUCCACCUGAGGCUUCCGUGUUAGCCAGCCAGUCCUGCCUGGGAUCACCAGCUUUGAUCAGCCUUAUCCCGUAGGGAAGGAAGAAUCUCCCACACACACACACACACACACUUUGGUUGUCGAUCCUCGCAUUCUGCCUCCCUCUCCUGGUUUUGCUCCCCCCCCCCCGUUUCCCGUCCUUUGCUUAAAGGCAAAACACAAAAGCGUUGCCUCGCUUCGUCAGACGGAGAGAGAAAGCCUGCCGGGUCCGGGAGGGCUGGAGCGCUGUCCAUUUCAGCACCACGCUCCGGAGCGCUGUCCAUUUCAGCACCAUGCCCCGCGCCUAAGUCUCCCGGCUCCGGGCGGGGAGAAAGGGGCCUUCAGGCGAAAGCUGCCCAUACUACCAAGGGCGCUUUUUAGGGUUGCUGCGAAGUGUGAACUGCAUCAACAAGGAGGAAGCUCUGGAAGACGGGAAGAAGAGGGAAAGGCUCUGGCGACAGCUUUCCUGGUCUCUUUUGUCUGCAUCCGAGAGAAUUCUGCAAUUGGAGGGGGUUUGGAGAUCUUUUCCCCCACUUUGAUUUAUUGUUGCUUCGUCGUCACCGCUGCUCCUUCAGAGGCUUUGAAUUCAGUGUCUCUGUCGAGUCUGCUAUUAUUAAAACCUAAAUAUUAGGAUUUCUACAUGUUGAGCUCUUCUUAGCAGCCACCCUUUGCUCCUGCCUCUGCUUCUGGGACUCAAGUGCAGAACAGUUUUGUUUUUAAAGCCAUCUUCAAGAGGUUUGAUUUGAUUGCUGCAGCUGGGCAUUGGUAUCUGCCCCCUUUCUUCCCCUCUCAUCUUGUGUGUGUAUAUGUUUGUGCGUGUAUGUGUGUGUUGUGUCUGUGAACCCUUUUAAUCCCACUUCCUCCAGUAUUUUUGUUACAGGCACCUACCACCUUCCUUUGAGUUCCCUUUAUAGGUUGGCUCUGUGACAUUACACAUAUUAAUGGGCACAUCUAACUGAAGGACCUAUCUCUCUUGCUGAUACUUAUACGCCCACUUAAAUCAACCAACCUUUCCUUCUCUAUCACUCCUUUUGGAGGGAGUGCAUUAUCAGUGUUUUCCUUUUCCCCCUCCUUCUUUUUUCUUUUGUGGGUUCUGGAUCCCUAACUGUAAAUGAUAUCCUAAUUACCAUUUCAAUGCUCCAGUACAGAAUCUGGAUCUGCCACCAUUAACAUUCACUGGUACUCGUGGCUCUGCAUCACCAAGGAUUGAAGGGUAUAAGUGGCCAAGAACAGUGGAUGCCCUUAAUGUGGCUGCUUCUUGCCGAUCUGGAUAAGAUCUCAAGUUAGUUAUUGAUUGCAGAAACCCCAACCCCUGAUGUGCUUGUUGUGUGCUGUGCUUGCUUGGAUGAGUCCACGACAUGCCUAAUAAGAGACGAGAUGGGCCAGGGCGAUGAAAGCGAUCGCAUUGUGAUCAAUGUGGGAGGGACUAGGCACCAGACAUACCGCAGCACCUUGCGCACCUUGCCAGGGACACGGUUGGCCUGGAUUGCUGAGCCAGAUGCCCACAGUCACUUUGACUAUGACCCCCGCACAGACGAGUUCUUCUUUGACCGGCACCCAGGUGUCUUUGCCCAUAUCCUGAACUACUACCGCACAGGUAAGCUGCACUGCCCAGCAGAUGUAUGUGGACCUCUGUAUGAGGAGGAGCUGGCCUUCUGGGGCAUUGAUGAAACAGAUGUGGAGCCCUGUUGUUGGAUGACCUACAGGCAGCACCGGGAUGCUGAAGAGGCCCUUGAUAGUUUUGGUGGGGCCCCUCUGGAUAGUAGUGCAGAUGAUGGAGAUGCAGAUGGCGCUGGAGACUCAGGGGAUGGUGAGGAGGAGCUGGAGAUGACUAAACGCUUGGCACUCAGUGAUUCCCCAGAUGGAAGGUCUGGGGGCUUUUGGAAAAGAUGGCAUCCCCGUAUCUGGGCACUCUUUGAGGAUCCCUAUUCCUCCAGAUAUGCAAGGUAUAUCGCAUUUGCCUCCCUCUUCUUCAUCCUGGUUUCCAUCACUACUUUUUGCCUCGAGACUCAUGAGAGAUUUAAUCCCAUCGUUAACAAGACAGAAAUGGAAGUUGUUGGGAAUGACACCCAGCUGCGUGUCUACCAAGAAGCAGAGACAGAGGCCUUCCUGACCUAUAUCGAAGGGGUCUGCGUGAUUUGGUUUACGUUCGAAUUCCUGAUGAGGGUCAUUUUCUGCCCAAACAAGUUGGAAUUUAUCAAAAAUACCUUGAACAUCAUUGAUUUUGUGGCCAUUCUGCCUUUUUAUCUGGAGGUUGGACUCAGUGGCCUGUCUUCCAAAGCUGCUAAGGAUGUCUUGGGCUUCCUGCGGGUUGUCCGGUUUGUGCGAAUCCUGCGAAUUUUCAAGCUCACCCGCCAUUUUGUAGGGCUGCGGGUUUUGGGUCAUACCCUCCGUGCCAGCACAAACGAAUUCUUGCUGCUCAUCAUCUUCUUGGCAUUGGGUGUCCUAAUAUUUGCCACGAUGAUCUACUAUGCUGAGAGAAUAGGUGCUAAACCCAAUGAUCCUAGUGCCAGUGAACACACACACUUUAAAAAUAUUCCCAUUGGCUUCUGGUGGGCAGUUGUCACCAUGACUACCCUGGGCUAUGGAGACAUGUUUCCUCAGACUUGGUCGGGCAUGUUGGUGGGGGCCCUGUGUGCUCUUGCUGGUGUGCUGACCAUUGCUAUGCCUGUACCAGUCAUUGUGAACAAUUUCGGAAUGUAUUACUCCUUAGCUAUGGCUAAGCAGAAGCUACCAAAGAAAAAAAAGAAGCAUAUCCCACGGCCACCCCAGCUGGGAUCCCCCAAUUAUUGUAAAUCUGUCAUAAACUCUCCACAUCACAGUACUCAGAGCGACACAUGCCCACUCGCCCAAGAAGAAAUGUUAGAAAUUAACAGAGCAGAUUCGAAACUGAAUGGGGAAGUGGCCAAGGCGGCGCUGGCAAACGAAGACUGUCCCCACAUAGACCAGGCUAUGUCACCCGAGGAAGGCCUGCCCUUUACCCGUUCUGGCACUCGGGAGAGAUAUGGACCUUGCUUCCUCUUAUCAACCGGGGAAUAUCCCUGCCCGCCUGAUGGAGGAAUAAGAAAGGGUUAUGAAAUGUCACGGAGCCUUAACAGCAUAGCUGGCAUAAGUGGAAAAGCAGUAGGAUUAUCCUCAAAGCCUGCACCCUACAGUUCUCCUAGCCUAACGAGACAUUCUUGGUCUCCCAUCCCGUCCAUUUUGUAGCAUGGAUCAGUAGCAAAGAAUGGUCUAAAUCAAUCAUAAUACUAGUUUUUAAAAGAAAAAGAAAGAAAAGCAAUUCUUCGUAAUUAGCCGAUGCAGUGUCACAUAUAAGCAAAUAGUGAUGUUUGAAAGUGUCAUGUCUCUCGGUAGCAUCUCAUGGGGAUGGUGUUACUACUGGUGUUAGUAACGCUAACAUUGACAACAUUCUCGGUACAUAGUGCUGAAAUGACACAAGGUGGGCAAUAGAAGCUUUGGUGGGCCAUAACACUGCAUGAUACUGGUUCAUAAGACAAUAAGGUGGAUGCACCAUUCAGUUUCUUCUGAUGGUGUGCCCUGCUGGUGUUUGCUUUUCUUGGCUUAUGGUGGAUCCACUGGCUCUUAUGGAAUGGGUUAGGCAUAUUAGCCCAAUGCUGAAACUUGCCGACGAUUGAAGAUUUUGCUUUUCUCAGGAUAUUUUUGAGCCAUAGGAACCCUGCAGAAGUUUGAGCCAAACAUGUGCAGUAGAGAUGAAAUGUUGCAUGGGUGCCUAUUGAAAGCAAUAAGGUACACUGUAGAGAGGUCUCUAGCUGGCUGGCUGGCUGCAUGGGAAUAAAACACACACACACAGUACUGGCGGAGAAGAAACCUGGCUGGCUGCCUCUGCAUGUAGCUCUUUCUACUUUAACUUUCCUUCCUUUAAAACAUCCAGUUUAGUCUGAAAAGCUCAGGAGAGAAGCUCAAGUAUUGAUUAUAUUCUUUACAUGCAGAUCUUUGCAAAGAAGGUCCUGUCAUUGCUAAAUAUAUGCCAAAAGAGGCAGUCAAAGUGACUUGACAUGGAGAGAACGAGAUGGACAAUGAUGGCUUAUAAACGUCUGGGUGGAACUGUGCGGGCAUACAAGACCUCCUCAUUUGGACCAAUGUAAUCUCCCUCCAUGCAAGUUUGCAGGAUGAUUCUGUGUGGAUCCAGAAAUAUAAAGUAGAUUUGCAGGCUUUUUCUAUGGCCAAAAUGUAACAAAUGGUAGAAUUUUGUUGUUGUUGUUCCAUAGCAUGAAUUGCAUGAAAAAAAAAAAUCAAAAACAAAAACAAAAACCAACCCUGCAACUGUAUGAGUAACUUUAAAGCGGUGGGGGCGGGGGAGGGAAAGAUAAAGUGAUAUAUUUUCUUUGAAAGCUCUUUACUUUUACAUACAUUGUUGUAGCCAAAUUGUAAAAUGUUCUAAAAACCGUACAUUCCUUUGCUAUGGAUUGCUUCUUUUUGUAUAGAGACUUUAAAAAAAGAGAGAAAGAGUGAAUGGUUUUAAAAGUGCAAUUGGGCGGUCAUAUUGACCAUGCCUUCAUAAAUUCAUCACACUAACAUAAAAAUGAAGAACUUUUCAUUCAACUAGAAUUGUGUAAAAUGUACAAACAAAUCUUCUUUUACUGUCUGUUUUUUGUUGGCAUGCUUGUGAAACAUGGGACCAAUUUUUGGACCUGAUGAUAACAGCUGGUCUAGGUUAAUUUUCCAGCUCUGAUUAUGUUGUACUUUAUUGGUGUAUAGAUCCAAUGUGAAGACCCUUCAUGACAAAGCAUUCAUAUUAAGUAAACAGUGAGGAAUUUUUUUAAAAAAAAUUAAAGAACAACAAUAGCAACAGCCACCUGGGACUUGAGUAUACAAAUCAGGAAAUUAUUCAAGUAUAAACUUGUCUCAGAGUUUAAGAAACAAGACAAUGGUGUUGUAUGCAAUUUAGAACUUCUGAGUAAAAUGCAUGCACAAUGUUAUGCAAAAUAAUUCUAGCAUGAAAUAAAUUUUGUAUCAUGGUUUCAAUGCCUGCUGUAUAGUACAAAUCAGAAUUCUUUUCUGAAAUGAUCAGAGGCUCCAGAGAUAUCCUUUGAAAUCGUGAAUAAGUACAAGACUCCCAGUGAACACGUACGAGAGAAAAGGCUCCGUUUUGCUUUGCUUCUGAAAUGACAAAAUUGGUGAGAACGUAAUUAAAUGACUACCUUUCCCCAAACUUUGGAUACAACUCAUGUCUUCAGUCUUCACAGCACUAAUAAAUAUAACAAAUGGAAGGUAAAUCCUAGAGAGUUCUGUCGGUUUCUCUUUUUCUCUGAAAAA